CACGUCACAGCUCAUCUUUAGUCGAAAGUGUCUCCCUCUCAAGUCUCCCUCUAUCUGCAUCCAUUUGCGCCUUCUGCUCGUGAUACGCCUGACGUUCUAACUCAUCCAAAUGAGGCAGCUCCUGAGACAGACAGACAGACAGACAGAGACACACAUAGACACACAGGCACCUCACGUGACAAUCUCGCGCGCGUUGAUGGCCACCGACGCGCUCACCGGCAGGUGGAACUUGAUGCUGGCGUGUUGCUGCGCCCACCACAUGAUGUAUUGCACCUUCCACUUCUGGCCCACAAAUCGGCGGAAUGGGGGGUCCUUGUCGAAGGCGGGAAAGAUGAUGAGGGCAGGCAGGGCGUCCACCUGCUGUAUCCACACCGGCAGGGCAUACUUGCUCAUGUCAAAGCUACGUGGCAUAGAGGAGGGAGACAUCGAUGGGAGACACGCACGCGGGCGUCUUGCUUACCGCGUUACUACAAUGGAUCCAAUCUUCAGCUCUGCAGCGUGCAGAACAAUGAGGGUCAGUGUAUCCCUGGUAUGUGCCUUCCUUACCUGCAAAGCGUUCGGCGCAUCGGUUGACAAAGAUGGCGUGCUCGAGACACCUGAAUGCGAAAAGAGACAUCCGCUGCCUUCUCUGUCUUAUGGCCUUCUCUCCGUACGCUUGGCAGUCCUUGGAUGCGUAGAAGUAGACCAGGACGUCUUUGGCGACGUCCUGCACAAGCUCAUCGAAGGAAUCAGAGUCCAGAGGCGUCACAUACUCCAAUCUGGCACCGUACCCACCGGCACCAUUACAACGGAACGCGUCAAUGUGGUGUACAUAUGGACCUACCGCUGAUCGAUGCUGAGUGUGUCGAGGUCCCUAACGACCCUCCUCUCCCCUUUGGUCACAUUACGCUCAGGCACCUGAACACGCACAAACAGCCAAUAGGAUGUCUUGGCUGAGACAUCCACACUGGCUUGCCUUCUUCGGUUGGGGGGCAGGCACGUGUUUCCUCUUCCGGCCCACGUCGUCUCCCUGACACAAAGAAGAUCGAGGACCAAUGGCGAGCGUGCAGAUGGGCUUACGAAAAGGAAUCGGUGUAUGAGGGAGUCGACCACGUCCUUUGUCAGCUCCUCUCUGCCCUUCUUUGAAGGCUGCCAACUCAGCACACGAGUCGUCAUGAAAUUGAAGGCCAAUGCAGGGAGCCUGAACAACCAAGCGACACACUCAGCGAUGAAGGGCUGCAGAGUGCAAGCAGACUGACUGACCUCUCCGAUUGCAGGCCGAGAGGCUUCAUCCGGUGGCCAUGCAGCCUCCCGUCCACAUAGGCGAAGAGCACGGCCUCCAUCCCCGUCUUGGCAUCGCUCUGACCACCCAGGCCCAGCGAGCCGGCAGCAACUCCCCUCCCUUCCGCUGUUGUCCUCUGCCGAAUGUCGCGGGCAGACUGUUCCAAGAUGCUCAGCCAUGACAGAAACCUCUGGAUGGAAUCACAAGAGACAUCUAAGAGAGCAAACCAUGGCGCAUGCUUGACCUACGUCAUCGUUUGUGUCGGCAAAUAGGGUGAGGAUGGGCUUGCGCGCGCUCUCAUAGAGGGAUGAAGUGAUGGGGCUGAACUCGCCCACAUGUGGCAGGCUGGCGCUGACGAGCCACUCGUACAGCCCCACUCGAGACCACUCGUCGAGUGACCGGCACUCGACCCGAGGCAGCAGCCAUAAAUCAGGCUCCUCUGCUGCGUUUGCAGCCUUUAGUGAGCUGCUCACCCGCCUCAGAGAGACACGUAGACCGAUCUGAGCUACGAACCACACAAUAGCCAACACGACAUGCAGAAGAAACUUUCAGCAACAUGGACAUGUCCCGGCUCUUACCUCCCAUAGAGUGGCCUUGUCCUCCGAGUAUGCGAGUGUUGGGGGCGAAAGGAUGUCAGGGCCUUUGUGUCUCACUUUAAUGUGCCGACUAGAGACGAAUUCGUUGUCAAAGAGGCUGACUAGCAUCAGGUAAGGCAGCGUGGGAGACGUGCAUCCAGCCUGAUGGCCAGCGUAGUCCUUCACCAUGUUUCGCACACUGCCAAACAGCAGAGGGGACUCAAUCCGUCCGAAUCGAUACCCAUUCCUUCCACUGAGCCGUCUCGCGGCCUCAAUGAGCUCUGUCUCGUCGUCCUCAUCCAGCGAUCCGGGAGCACCGACGAGGAUGCCUCUCACCCAGUGGCCAGGCGACACUUCGCAGAGGGAGGGCGGGGGAGAUGGACAUCUUUCCCGGCUGCUGUUCGUGGGAAAGAAAAGAGCUGGGGUGAGGAAGUCCCUGAUGUCGUCUUCUGAUUGAAGCGGGGCCAUCUGAAGAAGAAGUGGAGACACAGCGCGCUGUUGUCUCUCUGAGGAGCUUACUGGGUGCAAAAUUUUGUGGACGAAAGACAGGAUGGUGUCGGGGUGAUGAUAGCUCUGGAAGAAAUAGGGGUGACGCACACCCUGCCUGCAAGGGUUGCCAGGAAGGGAACAGAAUGUACCACAUUGCUUGGUGUUGUGUCAUCCUUUGUGUACUUGAAGAAAAGUAAGGCCGGCAGCUCAUCGACGCCAUGCUUGGAUGCGAGGCUCUUGUACUUAUCCACGUAGAUGCGGACAAAGUUGACGCUUGACGGCAGCUGAGACACAGAGCGAAUGCAUACAUGGGCUCAAUGGAUGUCAAAUCUCCACCUGUGGGAUGAUUUCCGCAUAGAUGUCCUCUGCAUAGCAGCAUGUCUCGCAUGAACCACUGGCAAACCCCACAAGAGCAUCAUGAGUCUUCACGUACCUGCGCGCAUUGCAAGUAGAACAGUGGAAAUGGUUUUGCACUGUAGACGUUCCUCACUCUUUGAACGUCGCUUUGGUUAGAUUGGUGUGGCCGACCGAGAGCGCUUGGCGAGUGCACUUGACGUGCCUGCCGUCCUCACGGGAAAUGGCAGCUCCUCUAAUUACGCAAGUCGCCGCCAACAGCCACCGCAGAGCAACAGAAGGGGAGCCGAAAGUCGUCUUUUUACGUGCUGGGGCUGCAUGCUGAAACCGCUUUAUGACGACCUGCAUGCAUGUGAGGGAAAGGGAAGUGCCAUGUGUCAUGACCCUUGUACACGUGUGGGUAUGUCCGUCUGUUCGUAUUUCAAGCACGCAACAUCCAUCAAUUCAUGCACCCAUCCCGUCUGUCUGUCACACCGCUAAUUUCCCGCUACUGUCAGCUUUGACUUGUCUCAUGUGGGGCGUGAUCACGCUCUCCCACAGCCAGGCAACCACACCAGCAACUGAUAGACGAGAAAAGCGGAGACGGGCAGAUAAAGCGGCAGAUUUGUGCCGUCUCUGCUCACCUGUGCCGACGCAGAGUGCCGACAUGACAAUGUUGCUCAACUCAGCCGGCAGGAAGAGGAAGACGCACACCUUGGCGAGGAUGGCGGCGCUCGCAAUGAUGACGAAGAGGCCAAUCCUCUUAUGUGGCGCAUCGGUGUUGGUCGUCACAGCAGCGAAGGACCCCAAUGCAGCCCCGGCCACCUCGAAGAAGACGCUUGCCGGCCGUUCAAUCGAGCUGUGCGUCCAACCAGCACUUCCGCCGACGGCAAAGAAGAAGGCGAAGAACACGCCAGCCCCGAUGGGGAACAGGAAGCAGGAGCCUGACAGACAAGAACCUGGCACGCAUCAACAGAAUUCAGCCAUUGUGAGUGGUUGGCUCUCCUCUUACCUGCAGCAUGCUGUUGUAUGAGCUCAUCCAGGUGUUCCUCGGCAGACUUUUCCGCUGUCAUUUUGCCAAAGGGGAAGC